AUGUGCUUGUGGUGCCACCACGAGCUAAAACUGGCAUUGACAGAACACAUUAUUCCGCCAACGACCGCAGGCACACCGGUGAUAACAGCCUCUCGCUGCCUAGUGCUGUGUGCGGAUAACCGCGGUGAAAUGGAGGCGUGGGCGGGCGCGCUACGAGGCGCCCUACACCGUGGGGCCGACGUAGCAGACCUCGUAGCUAGCAUCUCAUCUGGUGACCAUCAUUGGUAUGCGGCAACCCACGCUCGACCAACCUUCUGCAACGUUUGUCGCGAGCCGCUCGGUGCACUAGGAACUGCGCACGCGCUCGCUUGUGAGCUGUGCAAAUAUAAAGCACACAAGCGAUGCGCCGCGCGAGCCCCGCCCUCCUGCAAGUGGAGCACCCUUGCAUCUCUCGGGCCGCAUCUUGUGGAGGAUCCCGAUGGGAAAAUAAUAAUGCCGCAUCAGUGGUUAGAGGGGAAUCUACCGGUCGCCGCCAAAUGUGACAUAUGCGAUAAGACCUGCGGUUCGGUGUUAAGGCUUCAAGAUUUCCGAUGCAUCUGGUGUAGGAAAUGCGUGCACGCGAGCUGUAGACCAAGUUGGAGAGCGACAUGUCUGCUAGGUCCCGCUCGGGCAUCUGUUGUACCACCAACCCGCUUGCACUCUGUAGGCCCUGACGAUGGCUGGCUCCCGGAUAGACCACCCAAUGCUUCUCCACUCAUCGUCUUUGUUAAUUCGCGAUCUGGCGACAACCAGGGUGUGAAGUUUUUACGUCGGUUCAAGCAACUUCUAAAUCCCGCGCAAGUGUUUGAACUGAGCGGCGCCGGCCCUCGACUUGGAUUGAGGCUGUUCAAGCACUUCGCGCCGCUACGAGUGCUCGUGUGUAGUGGCGACGGGUCUGUGGGAUGGGUCUUGCAAGAGGUCGAUAAGCUGGAUAUGCAUCGUCAAGUUCAAACGGCAGUCCUUCCCCUGGGAACAGGCAACGAUCUUGCUCGCGUAUUAGGCUGGGGCGCGUCUUGUGACGACGCGGCCAACUUACAACAGCUAUUGGAGCGAUAUGAACGAGCUUCCACGAAAAUGUUAGAUCGUUGGUCAAUAAUGACGUUUGAGCGUGCGUUAACAGCGCCGCCGCCGCCACCCGCACCGCCUGAUCUCGAGGAGAGGUCUCUGCUUAAAAACUUACAAGAGAUCGUUCAGGCAGACGAGAGCGGCGAGGAGGCGUCGCGGAGCGCGCGCGCGGCGCUGCGGGCGGGCUGCGCGCGGCUGGCGGCGGCGGGCGAGCGCGCGGGCGGCGGCGCGGCGCGCGCGGCGCAUCGCCUGCGCCGCGCGCUGUCGCUGCUGCUGCACGCGCGCGCGCACCUCGCGCACGACCACGCCAGAUGCGAGACGUGGGAGCCUCUUGAUACUAGCGACAGUGAGCCUGAAGCACAACAAGCUGUUGAAAAAGGCAGCAUUGAAAAGACUGAAAAGGAGCAGCUGAACUGGGCGGCGCGCGGCUGCGCGCUGGCGGGCCGCGCCGACAGUCUGCGCCGCGCCCUGCGCGCGCUCGUGCGCACGCUCGUACUGCUCUACCCACAGGGCGUGUCGCAAGAGCGGUCGCGCGAGGCGGCGGCGGACGCGCUGCCGGUGCCGCGCGCCUUCGCCGACAGCCGCCGCUCCUCCGCCGUGUCUGCCGCCUCCAUGCAGCCUGAUAACAUUCCAGAUGUAGAUGAAGACAUAGCUAAAUUAAUAAGUUCAAACCCACCAGAAAAUACAGAUAAUCUAGAAGUUGACAAGCGCGAGCGAAGUAAAACUAGUUCCAUUACGCCUCAAGAGCGUCUUUCACCUUCAAUCAUCUCUUCCUGUGAUACUAGCUCAUGCAAAAACCUCUUAAGGCCUGAUAUAGAAAUAACAAGCAGUACGUUUAACAGUAGCAGCCUGACCAUACCCAACUUAGUCGUCUCAGAUGAUAGUGACAAGAAAUCAUUAAUACAGGGUGAAACUUACGAAUCGGACCAAUUGACUAUAAUAGACAUCGACAAACCGUACACAGUAUGUGAUGAAGUUCAUUUCAACGAGCUUAGUGAAAGAGCCACGCCAGGUAGUGGCGAAUGUACGCCCGAAAGAAAACUAUCUAGCGUUGAUUUAGAAAUGGAUGCGACCAGCUCAGAAGGAUCAAAUAUUAGCGAUGAUUUUAGUUUAAUGUCGGAAAUUAUAGAUACAAAACCUGGUGACUUGGAAGAGGGUUGUGGAAUAGGACAUAUUGAUUCUCCGGAGAUAUCGGAAACUACGUAUAUGAACUCAGAAACACUACAUGGAGAAUCCAUUAUGGAUGACAUUAGCUCGAUGUUGGGACAAGAAGUUUUGUUGGCAAUGAUGGGUAAAAAUGGUGAAAAUGAAACGUAUACUGAUGAUACAACACUCUUCACAUCGGAUACAGUAUCGGAUAUACCAAUGGAUAGUAGACACCAAAGCUUAGAAAAGAAAAAUGACGGGAAAACUAAAUACAUAUCUAAAAUCAAGAAGCCCACUGAAGCAGAUGUCGAAAAAUUUGGCUACGAAAACCGAGUCUUCUAUAUUGAAAAUGCAACAAAGAACGAGGGCCAAAUAAAGUAUUGUAGUUUAGCGCAAUUCGAAGAAGGCAGUGAUAUUGCUCGUAAAUCAUUUAAAAAACAAUUACGUAAGAGUAUGAAAAAAAGAGCUCCAGAUGAUACUGGAAUUAAGCAUCUCUUGCCCAAAACUACUGAAGAACUCUCCCCUCUAAGUGAUGAAUCUCCAAACACAGCCAUUCACAGUCCUCCACAACUUAUAGUUCCACCCAUGAACGAAGAAAAGAAACUUAAUUUAAAAGAACCAAUGCCAACAUUUCCUCAAGUAAGCGUAGUUGUAGAACCUCCAUCACCGUCACACAGUGAAGACAGAAGCAUAAAAACUUGCCAUAGUCGGAUGGCUUCGGUACUUAGUGAUAUUUAUGACCAAGGAACAGAUACAUUAAGUGUUUAUUCUCCAGAACCAAAUAUUAGAGAUAGGGAAAGAAGGCAGUCAGAUAAUCCUAGAUUGUUAGGAUCCGAUCCAGAAUACGGACGGUUUUUGAGUUGCUCCCCAGCAGCGACUAGGCGGAUAUCGUGCGGGAGCCUCUUUAAACCUGGUGAACCUGAUAAGUUAUCGACAUCGGUAUCAUCGAUAUGGGGGGAAGGAGGCACAGUGGGCGGUGGUGGGAGCAUGAGUAAAUCAGAAACCAGCGAGCGAGCUAAAAAGCUUCCUAUAAUCAAUCCAUUAGUCCAAUUACCUGCGUGGCCUCACGUCACCCAAGGCUUUAUUAGCCAAUGUCUCCUAGCCAAUGCAGAUGCACUAUGUGCUGCAGUCAGUCCAUUGAUGGAUCCAGAUGAAACACUUCUAGAGGGCUUCUAUGAAAGAGCGGUAAUGAACAAUUACUUCGGAAUCGGCAUCGACGCAAAGAUCACUUUAGAUUUUCACAACAAAAGAGAAGAACAUCCAGAGAAAUGUCGGUCGAGAGCGAGGAAUUAUAUGUGGUAUGGAGUGCUUGGAUCGAAAGAGUGGGUGAAUAGGACUUAUAGACAUCUCGGGCAACGUGUGCAGUUAGAAUGCGACGGCCAAAGAAUACCUCUCCCAGAGUUGCAGGGCAUUGUGGUAUUAAACAUAUCCUCUUUUAUGGGAGGCACCAACUUCUGGGGAGGAACACGAGGAGAUGAUUUAUUUCUGGCACCCUCUUUUGAUGAUCGGAUCCUUGAAGUGGUGGCGGUGUUCGGCUCGGCGCAGAUGGCGGCGUCGCGUCUCAUCAACCUGCAGAAGCACCGCAUCGCGCAGUGCCGCGCCGUGCAGAUCAACAUACUGGGCGAGGAAUGCGUGCCCGUUCAGGUGGACGGCGAGGCGUGGCUGCAGCCGCCCGGCUGCGUGCGCAUCAUACACAAGAACCGCGCGCAAAUGCUGUGCAGGUCCAGAGCGCUCGAAACUAGCUUGAGUUUUGGCCACAGAGCGUGGGAUGAGAAGCAGCAGCAGAAGGCGCACGCGGCGGCGCCCGCGCGCACGCUGUCGCAGGCGGAGGCCGCGCACCUGCUCGUGUUGCUGGACGAUGUUAACACUAUUGUUAAGCAUGUGAAGCUGGCGUGUAUAAGCUCGAGCGGUGAGUGCGCGGGCGCGGGCGCGGGCGGCGGCGCGCUGGCGACGGCGCGGCGCGCGGCGGCGCAGGCCGACGCGCUGCAGGACGCGGAGGGCCGCCUGCUGCCGCCGCCGCAGCUGCGACGCCUGCUCGCUAGUCUGGUGGAAAGUUGCCACGAGCUGCUAGAGAGCGGCGCCAACCUUGGCGCGGCGGCGGGCGGCCUGCGCGCGCACCUCGCGCGCUGCCAGCUGCGCGACGGCCUCGCGUACAUACAGGCAGAGGAGGUACCAAAGAAAGCCGGCAGCAGAUGGCUUCGAGGCCGUCGGAGUGCAUCCGAGGGAAGUGGUCAACAAACUGUCCAAGUUCGAUCUUGGGGAGUAAAAGAAGUUCAAACUUGGCUGGAGAGUCUGGAACUUGGCGAGUAUUCGGAGGAUUUCGCCAAGCAUGACGUCACCGGGAGGGAACUACUCUCCUUGGCCAGAAGGGACCUCAGGGACCUCGGAGUGACCAAGGUUGGGCAUGUCAAGAGGAUCCUUCAAGCGGUCAAAGAGCUACAG